AUGUCCGUUCUCUCUCAAAAGCCCCGGAAAGAUUUCCCAAACCACCCGCAAUUUUCCGGGUUCAUGAAGCCAUGCCGAGUUGAAGGAGAAGUUCUGAAUCUGGAAGUGUAUGGCGAGAUCCCGGAAGACAUUGAUGGGACAUUCUAUCGGGUGAUGCCCGAUCCCCAAUUCUCGCCCUUCAUCGAGAAUGAUCCAUGGUUCAACGGCGAUGGCAGUAUCAGCGCCUUCAAAAUCAAAGACGGCUCGGUCUCCUUUAAGCAGCGUUUUGUCCGAACAGAGAAAUUCGUCCGGGAACGAGAGGCUCAAAGAGCAUUGCUUGGUACCGACCCUCACCGUUCACAAGCUCACAUAGAACUGACUAACUCGUUUCUUUCUAUAGGUAAAUACCGCAACAAAUUCACCGAUGCCGUGGAAUUCAAGAUCCGCACCACAGCCAACACAAACGUCGUUCACUUUAACGGCAAGUUGUUGGCUCUAAAGGAAGAUGCUCCACCAUAUGCGUUGGAUCCUCACACCCUCGAGACAAGCGACCUGUACGACUUCGAUGGACAGUUGCCCAGUUUGACAUUCACCGCUCACCCGAAAUUCGACCCGCGCACGGGGGAGAUGGUCUGCUUCGGAUACGAAGCCAAGGGCGAUGGAACACCUGAUAUCUGUUAUUGCCGUAUUGCAGCCGACGGAAAGUUCUUGGAAACCGUGUGGUUGACUGCGCCUGUUGUGGCUAUGAUUCACGAUUUUGCUGUCACGGAGAACUGGAUCCUUUUCCCCAUCAUCCCUCAGGUCUGCGACAUUGAGAGAAUGAAGCAGGGCGGGGAGCACUGGCAGUGGAGCCCCGAAACUCCAUUCUACAUUGGAGUCCUUCCACGACGAGGAGCAAAGCCAUCCGAUCUCAAGUGGUUCCGCUACCAAAACUCUUUCCCGGGCCAUGUAGCCAACGCCUACGAAGAUGAAUCCGACAACGUCGUACUCGACCUCGGACUUAGCGAGAAGAACGUCUUCUUCUGGUGGCCAGAUGCGCAAGGAAAAUCUCCUGAGCCGAGUUCCAUCCACUCCCAGCUAACCCGGUUCAUCAUCGACCCCAAAUCCGAGGAGCUCGACUUGGUGAACUCAACGGUUCUCCAAAGCGACAACUCGGAGUUCUACCGCAUUGACGACCGCUUCGCCACCCAACCGUACAAGCACUGCUUCUUUGACCUAAUGAACCCUGCCCUCGGAACUGAUUUCCCGACCAUCCUGCCUCAGCUGGGUGGUGGACACCCGCUGUAUAACGCUCUAGCGCACUUGAAUAUUGAAACUAGUGUGACAGAGAUCUACCUCCCUGGAAAGACACAUAUGGUGCAAGAACCAAUUUUCAUUCCGCGACGUGGGUCUACCGUUGAGGGCGAUGGGUAUGUCAUGGCUCUGGUGAAUAACUAUAUUUCUAUGUGCAGUGAGUUGCACUUGCUGGAUACCAGGGAGUUCACCAAGGCAAAGGCUGUCAUUCUGCUGCCGCUUCGGUUGAGGCAGGGAUUGCAUGGCAAUUGGGUUGAGGGCGAGGAU